AUGGAAGACCGCUCUGCUCUUUACAUCCGUCAAACUGGAGGUCAGGGAGGAGAUCUCUUUUCCCGUUUCAGAAGAGAUCGACUUUAUGCCAGCGAGGAUGCAUGCUGUGCCUAUACUAAUAAAGACUGCUCCAAGGAACCAAGGCGCGACUAUGAAGUGAAGUUUUGGGUCUCUCACAUUAAAACAACUACGAACCGUGUAGAUCCUACUGGCUAUGAAAUCACUUGUCCUGCUGGAGGCUUUAUUAUUUUCUCGGGAACAUGGGAGGACCGCCGUUUUCAAGUCUUCGAUGCCGAUAGCCAGCCCGUCGAUUUUUACCUCGAGCAUGUCUAUAGAAACUAUGCAAAGCGUGAAAACGUGCUAGACGAUCACGAAAAUGAAAAGAACAACGCACACCAUGAUGACAACGACCAAGGAGAGCCCAUGGUCUGA